GCCAAUCAUCUCCCCAGCUCCGACUGUGGCGGCAUUUUGAACCUAAAGAAUCUCCUGCGUCCUCUCUCUCCUUCCAGGGUUUGGUGCGGAGGAGCCCCAUGGAGAUCGCCGGCGCGGCGGUUGAGCUGCAGCGGUUGCCGUUGUGUGAGAGGAGCCUCGGGUGGCGGUCGACCUGAUGAGCGGACGCCAGAGGACUCUCCUCCAGGCGUGGGGCUGCAGCGUUACCCGAGCCGCCGCCUCGACCCCGGGAGCCAGAGCCGGGACCCCGGGAACCAGCGCCGCGACCCCGGGAGCCAGAGCCGGGACCCCGGAAGCCAGCGCCGGGACCCCGGGAGCCAUAGCCGGGACCCCGGAAGCCAGCGCCGCGACCGAGCGGCCUCCCAGCGCCGCAGCAGCUCAGCCCGAUUCCGACGACGAUGUGCUGCUGGUUGCGGCGUGCGAGGCCGAGCAGCAGCUGCGUCUGGAGAAUGGCGGGUUUUGCUCUUCGGCUGGCGCUUUAUGGAUUUACCCUACCAAUUGCCCGGUGCGGGACUAUCAGCUGCGCAUUUCCCAGACCGCCCUAUUGUGCAACACGCUGGUGUGUCUGCCCACGGGACUGGGGAAGACCUUUAUCGCCGCUGUGGUUAUGUACAAUUUCUACCGCUGGUUCCCCUCCGGGAAGGUUGUCUUCAUGGCUCCCACGAAGCCCCUAGUGACACAGCAGAUCGAGGCUUGCUAUCGAGUGAUGGGCAUCCCGCAGUCACACAUGGCCGAGAUGACAGGGUCUACGGCAGUGUGCACCAGGAAGGAAGUGUGGUGCAAGAAGAGAGUCCUUUUUCUUACACCUCAAGUCAUGGUGAACGACCUUUCUAGAGGAACCUGUCCUGCUGCUGAGGUGAAGUGUCUAGUCAUCGACGAGGCUCACAAAGCUCUUGGAAACUAUGCUUAUUGCCAGGUUGUAAGGGAACUAGUCAAGUAUACGAAUCACUUCAGAAUCUUGGCUCUUAGUGCCACACCAGGUGGUGAUAUAAAGGCUGUGCAACAGGUUAUUACCAACCUGCUGAUUGGGCAGAUUGAGAUUCGUUCUGAAGAUUCUCCAGAUAUUUUGCCAUACUCUCAUGAAAGACGAGUUGAAAAGGUGGUUGUUCCCCUGGGAGAAGAACUUGCAGCCAUCCAAAAGACAUAUAUUCAGAUUUUAGAAGCAUUUGCCAGUUCUUUGAUUCAGAAGAAUGUUUUGAUGAGAAGGGAUAUUCCCAAUCUAACAAAAUAUCAGAUAAUUCUGGCAAGAGAUCAGUUUAGGAAAAACCCAGCUCCAAAUAUAGUGGGAAUCCAACAAGGCAUAAUUGAGGGAGAAUUUGCCCUUUGUAUAAGUUUAUAUCAUGGUUAUGAAUUACUGCAGCAAAUGGGAAUGAGAUCAUUAUAUUUCUUCUUUUGUGGAAUUAUGGAUGGAAGUAAAGGAAUGACCCGAGCAAAAAAUGAACUUAGUCGAAAUGAGGACUUCAUGAAACUCUACAGUCAUCUGGAGAACAAGUUUGCACACACACGUGGUACUUCAGCAGGUGGUGAUUCUGCUGUACUAAAAGGAGCUAUGGAUGAAAGUUUUUUCUAUGGCCAUCCAAAAUUAAAGAAAUUAGAAGAAGUUGUGGUCAAACACUUCACAUCAUGGAAUGCUCAAAACACGUCUGAAAAGAAAUGUGAGGAGACCAGAGUCAUGAUCUUCUCUUCAUUUCGAGACAGCGUUCAAGAAAUUGCAGAAAUGCUGUCACAGCAUCAUCCAGUUAUUAGAGUAAUGACGUUUGUUGGUCAUGCCUCAGGGAAAAGCACCAAGGGUUUCACCCAAAAGGAACAACUUGAGGUAGUGAAACAGUUUCGUGAUGGUGGUUACAACACACUGGUUUCUACCUGUGUUGGUGAAGAAGGUUUGGAUAUAGGAGAAGUUGAUCUGAUAAUAUGUUUUGAUGCCCAGAAGAGCCCAAUUCGUCUUGUGCAACGAAUGGGCAGAACGGGCCGCAAACGUCAGGGCAGGAUUGUGGUCAUCCUCGCUGAAGGCCGAGAAGAGCGUACUUAUAAUCAGAGUCAGUCCAACAAAAGAAGUAUUUAUAAAGCUAUUUCAGGUAAUAGACAGGUUCUACACUUUUACCAAAGAAGUCCACGAAUGGUUCCUGAUGGAAUCAACCCAGAGCUACACAAAAUGUUCAUCACACAUGAUGACUAUGAAUCAGAGAGACCUUCUCGGACCAUGCAACGAAAGUCAUCUGUCUUUUCCAAUACGGAUGGAAAAAAGCAGAGUAACUCAAAGAAAGAUUGGUUCUUAUCGGAAGAAGAAUUCAAAUUAUGGGACAGACUCUAUAGAUUAAGGGACAGUGAUAAAAUUAAAGAGAUAAGAUUGCCUCAAGUUCAGUUUCUGUCUUUGCAAGAUGAGGAAAAUAGACCAGCUGAAGAACCAACUGCAGGAGUUCAUCACCUGUCUCUCUCUGAAUGGGGAGUGUGGCAAGACCAUCCUUUUCCUACAUUCCGAGUGGACCAUUCAGAUCGAUGUCACCAUUUUGUAAAUAUUAUGCAAAUGAUUGAAAAACUGAGACAUGAAGAGGGAGAAUGCAGCUAUGAAUUGGACAUUAAAUCUCAUUUACAUAUGGAAGAUGUUAGCUCCGCAUCUAGUGCUUCCCGGAAGGAAUACACUAAUCUUGCCAGUGACACCUUUACCACUCACAAGAAAUCUACUUUUACAAAGAGUAUAAAUAAAGACAGUUCAUUGCCAGCAACAGAAUCUGCUGAAGAGUAUGCUGACAUUUUUAAGCUAACUUGCAACAAGCAUACUAGAAGUUCUCUAAGGAAAAAUGCUUCUAAAGAAAUAGAAAAAGAUCAGCCUAACAAAGAAGAUGAUGAUGUUAUAGAUUCUUUAGCUACUGACAGAAAUUCUGUGGAAAAGAAUGUUCAGUUAGACCUAGAGAAUGAUAAAAAGACACCAGCUACAGAAGAAAUGGUCACCACACACACUAGCAAUGAAAAUGUGGUUAAUCAGUUGUGUGACUCAUUAACAGAGGCUCAGUUGAUGAAUAAAUCUCCUGGCUCAUUAGCUGUAAACGUUUUAGAUUCUGGUUAUAACAGCUUCAAUGAUGAGAAGUCCAUUUCGUCUAACUUGAUUCUUCCAUUUGAAGAAGAAUUUUGUGUAACUAGUACAGAUGAUCAAUUUUAUAAUAAUCAUUCAUUGAUGAAAGAGAUAGUAGCUAACGUAGAGAAAUUUUUGUCUCAUUCUCCUCCUCCUGUGAGUUCACUGUCAGACCUGGAAUGUGAAAUUUCUAAGGAGUUUGCACUUGACACUUCUACCUUACCCUAUGGAGAACAUGUACAAACUGAUAAAUCCAUUUGUUUGAUGUCACAGUCAACUGUAAAUUCUCAACAGAAUUUGGAUUUGAACUCACAUAAAUUUUGCAGUCCUGAAAAAAAUAACCUUUAUGGUACAACCAAUGAUAAAGUUUCUGAUGUACCUCGCCUGUAUGAUUGUGAUGAUAAAGUAAAUAAAGAUAGUCAAGAUGAAAGUUUACUCCCUAGCAAUCAUGUUCAAAUACUCAUGGAACCAGCAAAGAACUUAGUUACAGAAAAUAAUCUUGAUAUUGAUAAUAAUGACAUCUCAGUAUCAUUCACUAUUCAUGAUGAGAGCUUACUAUUAUUUGAAGAUGAUGAUGAUGAGUUUAGUGAUGUAAAAUAUUCUCCCUUGAAAAAUAAAUGCAAAUCUAUUUGUUUGUCAGACAAAACUGCUGUCAGUGAAAUGGCUCCAGUCUCUCAAUUCUUAAUUUCCGAUGAACUUUUGCUAGAUAAUAAUUCUGAACCCCAAGAUCAAAUCAUUUCUGAUACUAAUAGCUGUAAGUCUCAUGAAGAUUUGAGAGCGGUACAGGAAGAAGCAGUGAAGAGCAAUGAAGAUGCUUUUGAUUGUUCUAGGGACUUGUUUUCUGUUACCUUUGAUUUGGGAUUUUGUAGUUCAGAUUCUGAUGAUGGGAUAUCAGAGCAUGAAUCAACAACAAAUAACAAUAGACUUCUGGAAGUAUCUGGAACAUGUAUAUAUGGUAGAGAAAGAAGCAAUGCAACUUAUGUUUCACAUCAAUCAAGAGGGUAUGUUGAGAACUUUACAACUGGAUUUAUUCCAUUCCCACCAAAUGAAGAUGUGCAAACUACAAAUUUGCAACCUUUUCCACGGAGUGCAACAGGAAAUAGGGAGUUUUUAGCUCCUGGUUUCUCCCGAUUUUCUUCGCCAGUAGGAAAAAAAGUUAUGAGUACGCCACUUGCUGAAUCAAGCACACUGAACUCAUUUUCUAAGAGAAGAAAGGAAAUGCAAGAUUCUAAUAAAGUAAACUUUCAAAGUUUCGAAGAAACAUUGAAUUCGACUUUAGAUGAUUUAGAAUUUUCGCUAGAAAAAGCUAAAAGCACUGAUCAAAUUUGUCUGCAUCAAUCCUGUCGUUCUACUAAAGAUGGACGAUUAUCUACAAGUAAUGAAAGUGAAGAUGAUGUUUUCAUAAGAAAAAGUAAAAGACCAAAAAUAAAUGUUUUAAAAUCUCCUGAGGAUCCAAAAAGUAAUGAAGGUGAUUCUCCACUUCAUGCUGUAAGGAAACGCAGGGCUCCUGUAACCAGGUUAGAGUUUUCAUCCAGUGAUGAGGGUGAGAAUUCUCAGGAGCCACAUUCACAUUCGGAAGACUUCGUGGAUUGUAACAGGAAAACUAGCAGAGGUGUUAAGAUCAAAACGAAACGGCGUAACCUAAGGCAUCUAGCCAGGAAGUUUUUAGAUGAUGAAGCAGAACUUUCUGAGGAAGAUGCACACUAUGUUUCAUCAGAUGAAAAUGAUGAGUCAGAAAAUGAACAGGAUUCCUCAUUACGUGAUUUCAUAAAUGAUGAGAUUCAACUUUCACAGGCUGUAAAUGAUUCUGAAAUGAGAGGUGUUUAUAUGAAAUCUUUACAGAGUCCAUUGCUAAGCAAUAAGUACAAAAUGGUCCAUAAGAAACAUAAUAAUAUCAACAUCUUCUCGCAGAUUCCUGAACAAGAUGAAACCUAUUUAGAGGACAGUUUUUGUGUUGGUGAAGAAGAGUCUUGCAAAAGUGAAUCAAGUGAAGAAGAAACCUGUGAUGAUUUUAACCUAAUGACUGAGGACUGCUGUGACAGCGGAAGUAAAAAGUACAAAACCCGGAGAGCAGUGAUGCUGAAACAAAUGAGAGAGAAACAAGACUUGGCAGGUUCAAAGAAGAAAUUAUCCAGAAUUAUUUUACCAGAUGAUUCAAGUGCAGAGGAAGACACCGUAAAAGAUAACAAGGACUCCGCUGUUGUGGUCAGCAGGAACAAACCGGAGGAGACUUGCUGGAAGUCAGUGCCUUGUGAGUCUCCCCUGAAGCCCAAGGACCGCCCUGAGGCAGCGGUGACUCAAGGAUGGGAUCAGAGGUCACAGGCAGCACUGAGUCUAAUGGGUCCGCCUUCUGAAGUCUGGAGCACCCCUGAGAAACACAACCAACCUGCGUCCGCCUCGUCAUUAUUUGCUACCACUGACUACCAGAAAGACCGUAGAAAGCCUCCACUUCAGGAGCUGGAUGGGAAUGUCCUGGAGGAUUCCAGAACUUCAAGUACAUAUUGUUCCAGUUCAAGACCAUCUUUGACUGGGACAUAUACUUCUCUUGGACUUCAGCAGGAAAGAGAAAAAACCUACAUCCUUGUAGAUAGUCGUGAAAUCUCUUCUGGUUUAGAAGUAAUCUCUUCCCUGAGAGCAGUUCAAGGAUUACAAGUAGAGGUUUGUCCUCUUAAUGGCUGUGAUUACAUUGUGAGCAACCGCAUGGUGGUGGAAAGGAAGUCCCAGUCCGAGAUGUUAAACAGCAUCAGUAAGAACAAGCUGAUAGAGCAGAUCCAACACCUGCAGAGCAUGUUUGAAAGAAUAUGUGUAAUUGUGGAGAAGGACAGAGAAAAAACAGGAGAUACGUCAAGGAUAUUUAGGAGAACAAAGACUUAUGACAGCCUUCUGACUUCCUUAACUGGCGCGGGAAUCCGCAUUCUUUUUAGUUCCUGCCAAGAAGAAACAGCAGAAUUACUAAAGGAGCUGUCUCUCCUGGAACAGCGAAAGCAUGUUGGUAUUCAUGUUCCAACAGCGGUCCAGAGUAGUCAAUGUGAAGCACUACAGUUUUAUUUAAGUAUUCCUAAUAUAAGUUAUAUAACUGCAUUAAAUAUGUGUCACCAGUUUUCAUCUGUGAGAAAGAUGGUUAACAGCUCACCUCAAGAAAUCUCCAUGUGUGCACAAGUAACUCAUCAAAAGGCUGAGGAGAUCUAUACAUAUAUUCACUAUGUGUUUGACACUCAAAUGCUGCCCAGCGAUGUAAAACAAGAGACUAAAAUCUGACACAUCAUCAGCAUUAGUGAACAGCUUUCCAACACCAGAGUUUUCUCCUAAAUCUGUGAAGAGAAAUUUAAUAGGAAGGAUUAAUAUGUAUCCCAUAAUAUAUAUUCCAAAGUGACUCCAAGAAAAUUGAAAACAUCAACUCCAUGAGGCUAACAUGCCAGGACUGACAUGCUGACAUUGAGGAGUUUUUGCCAAUGGAAAGAUAACUGAAGAUGGAGUUGUUGGAUUUCUGUCCAUAUUUGGCAACGUAUCAUCAUCAUCUUGACUGUACUGGAAACUUGGCAACUAGAAAGUAAACAUUAUCAACAGGCACUAAUAAAUAUAGAUUUUCUCACCA